UUACACAUUUUCUAAGUUCCCAUGGCAUGAUAGCCAUUCAUAUUCUUUGAUUCUUCUUCUUUGAAACGCAGUUCGUUUCACCCGACAAUCCAGAAGUUACUCAUUUACAUCGCGAGAGGUGUCCAACAAUGUCCACAAUUUAUGCCAUGGGCUCAAAUGGCUCAGGACAACUUGGAGUUGGUCAUAAAGAAGAUGUAUCGGUUCCCAAGCCGGUCAUUUUCGAAGAUGACAUUCCCGAAAGAGUCCAGAAAAUCGCAGCUGGAGGUAAUCACAGCCUCAUAUUGUCGACCACAGGUAAAUUAUACUGUUCGGGGGAUCCAUCCUACGGAGCCUGUGGGCUCACUCCCGAUUCGAACCUUGCUGGAUCAACAUUUCGACGUGUGAAACUUUCGGAUGAUUUCACAAUUAAUGAUAUACCAAUAGCAUUCUGCGCAGCAACUUGGGAAACAUCCAUUAUUGUCCAGCGAGAUGCAGAUGGUCAUGCAACGAAGGUGUAUUGUUUUGGUACAGGAAAUAGAGGGGAAUUAGGUCUGGGAAAAUUUCUGUUUCGAUCAUCCAAACCUCAGAUGAUUGAAAAAUUUCCACCCAGUGGGCUAGAAGUAGUCGAUAUUGCCACAUCUGUCAGUCAUGUGGUCGCUGUCUUGAGUAAUGGGGAUGUAUAUGGUUGGGGAAGUGGCCGAAAAGGACAACUUGGUCACCCUGACAGUGUCGUGUAUGCUCCUCGCAAGAUCGAAGGCCUCGAUUUCAAAGUUGUUAGAGCUAUCUGUGGAAGGGAAUUCACAUGUCUUUUGGCAGAGCCCUCCAGUGGUCAAUACAGAAUUAUAGGGUCUGACAAGUGGAACAUUAGAUCUUCAGCAGCGGAGAAAAUAUCUGGAUGGACAGAUGCUGGUAGCACAUGGGGAAGUAUUCUAAUAUUACAAAGUGAUGGGUCACUUAUUUCUUGGGGACGAGAUGAUCAUGGACAGUUGGCUCCAUCACAGUUACCAUCCGUGAGUCAAAUUGCUAUUGGCAGUGAGCAUGGUUUGGCACUCACCACAGAGGACGAAGUCUGUGCAUGGGGAUGGGGUGAGCACGGAAAUUGCGGACCGAAAACUAAAGAUGGAGAUGUGAAGGACACCUGGAAUGUAGUGGCGUCUACUAAAUACAUGCCAGUGGAAGCAAAAAUCUCAUAUAUCGGCGCCGGGUGUGCUACAAGCUGGAUCUGCCUCAACUCAUGAUAGCCUACGCAAGGUGGACAAAUCAUUAUUCUCACAAGCUACCCGCUAGUCCCUCAAGGGCUAUUUGCCUAGGACCCGAGAUUCCGACAUACCCAGUUGUCAGCAUGAGUAUGCGGGCUGCAUUCUUCAAGGUCAUUCCCGGACCCGGCCCAUUUUGUAAGAUCCGAGCAGUCUUGUAGCUCGUUGAGGUCUCUAUCUAUGAACGCCUACCCCAAGAUAUCACUCAUCAAACAUACCA